AAAAAACUAACGUAUAAUUAUUUUAGAUUUGGAGAGGGGACAAUAAGAUACAUAAUAAAUAUAUAAUUUUGAUGACUGAGCGAGAAUUGGGUACAUUGGACUAUAAACUCGUCGAGGACGUACGACAAAUAUACCAAAAAAGAAAAAAAAAAGAAGUUACUCGUGCACAGUGUUGUAGUCUUCGUAUAAAACACGUUGUAGCCUAAUUAUUGAGGUUAAUAAUUAAUAAUUAAUAAAGAGAAAUAAUAAGUGUUCGAAAUAAUAAUAAUAAUAAUAAUAAUAAAAAAAGGACAAGUGAACAAAAUUGUGACAACUUUCUCCUAAUUUCGAAUCAGCUGUUUAAAACGUUUCUAACCUCUAAUUAAUUAGAUAAUGAAUAGAAGAAAAUAAAUGAACGAAAAAUCGUAUAUAUUGAUUGAAGUUUAAUAAUAAUAAUAAUAAUAGUAAAGACAAAUAUCCAAGAAAAGAGAACCUUGAAUUAAGGAAGAAUACGAGAUAAGAAAGAAAAUAAAACUAACCACAAAGAAACAAGGAUGGCUGCUGGUAGAAGAAGAGUACACCCAAAUCUCGGAAAUGGUGGUAACAAUUUCGCGGGAAACAACAAUAUAUUUUCCGGUGGUAACGCCAGAUCGUUGAGUCGUUUAAAUUUUCGACCAAAUUUGAAUCAAGAGGAUCGUGGUGGUACAAGACCAACAACUGCACCAAGUUCAAUAGGUCUUAUACUUGUAACUAUGUUUUUACAUUUAUGUAAAAAAUCAUUGCUGUUUGAUACCAGAUUGAAGGUUGCCAUAUAUUGUGGUACGAUAUUUACGAUAUCACUCGUUGCUGAUUUCGUGAUAAUGCCUAGAACGUAUUUCUCACGAUCAGAUAAUGCACUUAAUCGUUAUUUCGUUAAAUGGGGAUGGGGAUGGUUGUUGAUGGUAACCGUACCAUGGAUUGUUCUCACUUCACACACCCUUGGUUGUGGUAGGAGAUCUAUAUUGUUGAAACAUUUGGCACGUUUGGUACUUGCCACGUUUGCUUGGCUAAUGUGGACAAGAUUGUUCAAUUACAUUGAAACUAAUUUUGGUCGUUGUGUCAACACCAAGGAAGCCCAAUUACAAUUCAAAUUUAAAUGCCUUCAAGCUGGCAAAUUUUGGAAUGGUUUUGAUAUAUCGGGUCAUACAUUUAUCCUGAUAUACUCGAGUCUCAUCUUAGCAGAAGAAGGUUCUUCUAUGAUUGGCUGGGAAGGUAUUAAAGAUUUGAUCAUGCGAGAAGAACACACCAGAAUUACACCCAACGAGACCAGUUUUGGACCAUUACGUAAUCUCUCUGAUAGAGAUUUGGAAUUUCUGAAAAAAGCUCACAAAGUUUUUACACCAUAUUUAAGAGCACUGUUUGUUUUUAUGACUGUACAACAAUUAUUAUGGGACGUUAUGUUGGUAUCUACUGUAUUAUAUUAUCACAUUAUGAUUGAGAAAUUUCUUGGUGGUAUUGCUGCAGUUUUAACUUGGUACGUAACGUAUCAAUGGUGGUACAAAUUACCUAAAAUUGGUUUACCACCACCUGGUGAUGGUUUGUUUAAAUAUAACGAGGUCAAACCUCAACAUGAUUUAAAGUUAGGUCUAUUAAGACGUAGCAUGUUGAACAAAAACAUUAACAGGUUCAUGGGUCUUCCAAUACGAACAUGUCAAGAUAAUCUUGAAAGAAAUGUAUCGAUGAGUAGACAAUCUGAACCUGAAACUCCUCCUCCUCCUCCACCUCCACCAUCUUAUCGGUCAAUUUGAAAAGGGGGAUUGUUGUUGUUGUUGUUUUAAUUUUCUUGGUUUUAUUGUAUAAUCCUUUUUUUUUCUUCUUUCUUUCAUUAUAACAAAUCAUUUCCAAAAAUCAUCUCUCAAAUUUGUAAGUGUCUCUCUUUCAAUAUCUGUGAAUAUUUAAAAGUAAAAAAAAAAAAGAAAAGAAAAGAUACUAAAAAAUAUUGUAAUAUUUUUUAUAUAAG